CCGAUCCAGCACCCAAACUUCAGCAAGCAAGAUCCCAUCACGCACCUCGCCAUCGUCUGCCCUACCGUUCUUCCUCCCAGCACCUUCAACCCAACACGUACGUAUUGAGAGGCGGCGGCCAUGGCGGCGCUCGGCGGCAUGCUUGCUGCUGCCAUCCUCAAGGUGGUGGGUGACCAGGUUGGUUCUCUGAUUGGAGGUCAGAUCGCGCUACGGAUGAAUUUGGACAAGGACCUCAAGAAGAUGAAGAUGGCGCUGGAGUCUGUCAAGGCAGUGCUCAAGGUCGCGGAGAGGCGGUCCAUCACCGACGAACUGACGGGUCUUUGGCUGAAGCGGCUCAAGGACUUCUUGUAUGAGGUCUCUGACAUGAUUGAUGAGUUCGAAGCAGACACACGAGCCAUCACCCAGCCGUCUGCGCGCAAGUUCUCCUUCAAAAAAUAUUUGGCGUUCAUGAUCCCCUGUCUCACAAUUGGCCCCAACAUUACAAUGGCCAAUAGGAUGAAGAACAUGAGGGACGACCUGAAGGUCAUAACAGAUCAACACAAGGAAUUCAAGUUAACAGACUGCACUAAUGCCAAUGAGCCAAAGGUGACUGAUAUACGGGAAACAUCAUCAACCCUGGAGACACAAAUCAUUGGGAGGACUGAGGAGAGAGAUAUAAUAUUGGCUUCUUUAUCUGAGAGCAUGACAAAUGAUAUCACAAUCCUUCCUAUAUAUGGCAUUGGAGGCCUUGGCAAGACAACCUUGGCAAAAAUGGUUUACAAUAGUUCCCAAUUCAAUGAAUACUCUCAAGUGUGGGUUUACGUGUCUCAGACAUUUGAUUUGAUCAAAAUUGGGAACUCUAUAAUAUCACAACUAUCAGAGAAAGAUAAAGAGAGUGGGUACACUGGAAAGCAGAUGAUCCAUAAUUCCCUUGAAAAGCUCCUUGCCAACAAGAAGGUUCUGAUUGUUUUAGAUGACCUGUGGGAAGACAACAUAUCUCAGUUGGAAGAACUGAAAGAUAUGUUAAAGGCUGCAGAGAGCAGUAAGGUGGUUGUUAUAGCAACCACACGAAGUGAAGGUAUUGCGAAGAAAAUGUCUACCAUCCAACCAUACAAAUUAGCACCAUUGACUGAUGAUAUGUGUUGGUCUAUUAUAAAGCAAAAGAGUGCAUUUGAAUCUAGAGGUGACAAAGAACAAUUGGAAGAAAUAGGGAAGGUCAUUGCAAUGAAGUGUGCGGGUGUGGCUUUAGCAGCUAAAUCACUUGGGCACAUGCUGCAAUCUAUGAAAUAUAGUCAAUGGGAAUCAGUGAGAGAUAGUAAUAUCUGGACUGCACCUUCUUUGGAAGAUACAUCUUCUACACAAGUGCUUGCAUCUCUGAAGUUGAGCUAUAGUGUUUUGCCUUCGUAUCUGAAGCUAUGCUUUGCCUAUUGUGCAAUAUUUCCAAAAGGUCACAAGAUACUUAAAGAUGAUCUUGUUCAUCAGUGGGUUUCUCUUGGUUUCUCUUCCUGGGAACUCGGCGAGAGAUACAUUAGUCAGCUUUUGGGCCUUUCUUUUCUUGACCAUUUCAAGUCAUCAUCGACUUUUGAGUUAUAUGAUGAAGAUGUUAUAUUGUUGACAAUGCAUGACCUCGUGCAUGAUUUAGCAACAUCUGUCAUGGAGGAUGAAAUUAUUUUUGUUGGCAAAUUCAAUAUUGCUGAAAGAAGCCGCUACCACUAUGCAUUGCUAGAUGAUUGUAGCAAGCCAUUGAGCUCGGACUUAUCCAAGAUAAGGGCGUUGCGUUUUAUGGGUUGUGAAAAAUAUAAACUUCAUGAUGACGCAUUUUCAUCUGCCAAAUCUUUGCGUGUCUUGGACUUAAGUGAGUGCACCAUACAUAAGAUGGCAUACUGUAUUGGUGACCUGAAGCAAUUGAGAUAUCUUAGCGCUCCAAGAGUCCAAGAUGCAGAGAUUCCAGACAGUAUCACCAAGCUCUCAAAAUUAGUUUAUCUGAACCUUCAUGGAUCUCGUACAAUCUUAGCACUACCAGAGUCAAUUGGAGAAAUUGAGGGUCUAUUGUAUCUUGAUUUGUCAAGUUGUUCUGGAAUUACAAAACUGCCAGAAUCAUUGAGGAGGCUACAACAAUUGGUGCAUUUGGAUUUAUCCAAUUGCAAGUCUGUUGAAGGAAUAUCAGUGUUCUUGAAGAGCCUCACACAACUAGAGUAUUUGAACUUAUCUAGAUGCCCAAAUAUCGGAGACAUACGAGAUGCUCUGGGUGGCCUAUCCAAACUGCAAUAUUUGAACUUAACACACAACUCAUAUCUUCGACGCUGUGAAGAGGCAGAAUUUUUGGGCGCCCUCACCAAACUCGAGUAUUUGAACUUAUCUUCGUGGCAUUGUGAAGUGAAAGAACUCCCUGAAUCAUUGGGCAGACUCACUCAACUCAAGUACUUAGAGUUAUCAGGUUGGCAAAAUUUGAAAAAAUUGCCAAGAGUUUUUGGGAGCCUAAAAUGUUUGGUCCAUCUUGAUUUAUCAGACUGUGGGAUGGUUGAUUGUGUACAUGAAGCUUUGGUGGGUCUUACCAGUCUGCAAUAUUUGAAUUUAAAAAAAACUCACAUCAGUUCGCUGCCAGAUGAUCUGACAAGGCUUCGGUAUUUGAAUCUAUCUGGACUAAGAAACAUACCAGUAAAUUACUGGGAUGAUCCCAUCAAAGAUGUAGUCAAUUGUCUGUCUACCGAAUCCUUGGACAUUCUCCUCAACCAGAUAUGCAGAAUUGAUCUUUCAGAUCUAAAGCAUUUGGACUUGUCUGGAAAUUAUCAUAUGGAAAGAAUACCUGAGAGUAUUUGUAGCCUGACAAAACUGCACACAUUGGACCUCUCGGGAUGCAUGAAUUUGAAGAAAAUACCUGAAAGUAUAUGUACAGUUGGUAGCCUGAAGUUUCUUUAUUUAAACGGUUGUGACCAUCUUUCGGCAAUACCUCAACUCGGUGGCAGUGCAAUAACGUUACCACACUUUGUGGUGCGUGCUGGUAAUGAUGGAUCCAGCAGCAAUCUUGUCUCGCUAAAGUCCACAGACUCUUUUGAGCUGGAGAUAACUGAACUUGAAAAUGUGAAGUCCGCAGGAGAGGCACAUAGUAUAAAAUUAAUGGAAAAGCAAAGCCUUGUGGACUUGAAACUGGAGUGGACUCGAGGUGUUGAGAGAUUUGUGGAUGACAAAAUGUUGCUGGAAAAACUAGUGCCACCAAGGACAUUGAGGAAGUUGGAGAUAAGUGGUUAUAACAGUGUCUGCUUUCCAGGCUGGGUAGUGGGUCAACUACCAAACCUAGACUCACUGGUUCUCAGAGAUAUGGCAAAUCUGGAAGAGUGGGGCGCUUCAUACUCCACCGGUGAGAAGAACGUGUUAAUAAAAGUGCAAAUACAUGGUUGUCCCAUGCUAAGGAUGAAAGGGCCCCUGCCUAAAGCUAAAAUAUGGGAGAUAAGUUGCAGUGAUAAUGUGUUAUCAUCAUGGGAUGAGUGCAUUGUGUCACACACCAGUGCUUCCUCCUCUUCUCCAGUAACUACUAUGAUGUCAGUUCGAGACUGCAAGGGGCCUCACCAAUGGAGGUGGCCUCAACACUUUCCUGGACUCCCUUAUUUGUCUAUUGCCAAUUGUGGCAAUCUAAUCGGCUCACGAGAUACCAUCCAACUACUAUCCUCUUUGGAGGAACUAUGCUUAAAAGACGAACACAUGGAAGAACUGCCGAAAUGGUUGGGUGAGCUCCCAUCUCUAAAGAUUCUGAAUAUACAGAAUAGCAAUGGUGUAAAGGAAUUGCACGAUAACAUGAGGCAACUCACAAAGCUUGAAUCACUAAAACUGGGCUUCUGCAAAAGCAUAUCAGUGUCACAUUGGCUGGGCAAAUUAAACUCUCUCAAGGUACUUUGCAUAAACAUGAAUGAUGGCUUGAGGUCUUUGCCGGCAAGCAUACAACAGCUCACCAGCCUCCAGGAAAUAACCCUUGAGUGGUGCAUUGCAUUAGAGCACGUGGUUGCUGAACCAGAGGAGGGAAAGAUGAAGCUAACUCACAACCAAGAAAUGGUAUGUCUCCUGCCCACCUCCCUCAGGAAGCUUAAGAUCACUCGAUGUAUUCGUAUCAAGUCUUUGCCUGAGGGAAUGCAGCAACUCACUAACCUCCAAGAACUAACUCUUCUUAUGUGCCCUGGACUAAAGCAAUGGUUUGAAUUAGAGGAGAACAAGAUGAAGCUAUCUCAGAAAACAAGAGUAUUGCACACAUGUACUCUCAGCCUUCAUUGUUUUGUUAUGGAUGAUGUUAAAUUCACAGAGUUGAAGAAGGACCAGAGUUUUACAAUGUCUGCGGCAUGCAUGGAACUCUGAGGCUGCAGGUAAAUCAUUGUACUAGCUAGUGUUCUGUUCUACAGGGUCUUGAAGCUCUCAGCCUGGUCCUUUGUACGUUGUGCUUAGUUUGCAUAGUUUGGUGUCCUGCUUCGUUCAAUGCCCAAGUGCACGGCUUCGUUGUAAGUUGUAACAACCACUGUGCUAGUUUUGUAGUACGUUGCAAGAUGUGCAGCAUGCAUGGAACUCUGAGGCUGCAGGUCAUCGCCCGUACUACUGUGCUGUUCUACGAGUUCUUGGAGCUGUGAACCUAGUGCUUUGUAUUUUGUGCUUAGUUCGCAUAGUUCUGUUUCCUGCGUCGACCACCUCCCAAAUGCACGGCUUCGUUGUAACAACCACUAUAAUAGUUUUGUAUGCUUGACCAGAGAGAUAGAUGAUUGUAGAACUUGUAUGUGAUAGG